AAUGUACGAAUAUCCCAGAUUGAAUUCUUGCCCCAGUAAAAGUCCGUCUGAACAGGCUGAGACAUCUGGGUCACACAAAACUACAAAUGUAAGUACCAUUUUAGGAAACCUUUUCCUCAUUGGUUUGGCCGGAGAGGCAAGGAAUGUGUUUACAUUUGUGAAAGCUAGAAGUUGUUGAACUCUGCCCUAUAUCACUGCAGUCCUCCAUGGAUUUAUGUUCUCUUACAGAAUAAGACUUGUUUAUUCUAGAGAAAAGUUUACGGUUUUGUCCGCUGACCACAUGUGAUCUUCUAAUACAUGCCUUAAGAGUAAAGACUUCUACUCAGGGUUUCUACUGCCUCUGUACGCAUUACCAGAGAGUUCAGUCAGGGUUUCCACCAUGUUGGAGGCGUUAGUCUGUCUGGUGGGACAGUGGAUCGAUACCAAGGGGGUCCUCCUGUUCCUCUUGGUUCUGUUGGUGACCAAGUACAUCCAUGAUCUGCCGCCUAAGAACUACCCACCAGGCCCCUUCCCCCUGCCUUUUGUUGGGAAUAUGUUGAAUAUCAGCAUCAAGGACCACAUAGGCUCCUUUAAAAAGUUUGUAGAGACCUACGGGGAUGUGACUACAUUAGACUUGGGUGGAGGGAACCGCUGUGUGCUCCUCUCAGGUCUCCAAGGCUUUAAGGAAGCCUUUGUGGAUCAGGCUGAUGCCUUCACUGAUCGGCCAUCUUACCCCCUGAACGACAGGAUAAGCAGAGGCUUGGGCCUGAUCUCCUCUAACGGUCACAUGUGGCGGCAGCAGAGGCGCUUUGCCGUGUCCACGCUCAAAUACUUUGGAGUGGGGAAGAAGACUCUGGAGACCUCCAUCCUCCAGGAAAGCCACUUCCUGUGUGAUGUCUACUUGGCAGAGAGAGGCCUGCCCUUUAACCCUGAAGACAUCACCAACAAUGCAGUGGCCAACAUUGUUUGCACCCUGGUGUUUGGUUGUAGGUUUGAAUACAACGACCACCACUUCCACCACAUGCUGAAAUGCUCUGAGGACAUUUUACAGCUGCCUGCUACCUUCUGUGGACGGAUGUAUAAUCAGUUUCCCACAUUGCUGCACUAUUUACCUGGGAGGCACCAAUCAGCCUUUAUCAACCUUGCUACCAUAAAGCAGUUUAUCAAGGAGGAAGUAGAGAAACACAAAGAGGGCAGGAACCCGUCCAACCCCAGAGACUACAUAGACUGUUACCUGGAAGAGAUAGAGAAGAAUCAGGAUGGGGCGGCUGGCUUCACUGAGGAGAACCUGCUGCACUGCGUGGUGGAUCUGUUUGGGGCCGGGACAGAAACAACGUCCAACACCCUUCUCUGGGCAAUGCUGUACAUGGCCAAGUACCCCGACAUUCAAAAGAAGGUGCAAGCGGAGAUCGAUGAGGUCAUAGGUUCGGCACGCCAGCCCUCAAUGGAUGACCGAGCCGACAUGCCAUAUACCUACGCUGUGAUCCAUGAGAUCCAGAGGUUUGGGAACAUCGUCCCUUUCACGCCUCCCAGAGUGGCCAAUAAGGACACCACCGUGGCGGGCUAUCUAGUGCCCAAGGGAAUGAUGGUGCUUCCAAUGUUAAAACCAAUCCUACAGGACAGAGAUGAGUAUGCAACCCCUAACCAGUUCAAUCCUGGACAUUUCCUGGAUAAAAAUGGAAAAUUUGUCAAAAAAGACAAUUUUAUCCCAUUUUCUAUAGGUAAGAGGAUGUGUCCAGGGGAGCAGCUGGCCAGGAUGGAACUGUUUCUGUUCUUCACCUUUCUGCUCCAGAGGUUCACCUUCACACCUCCACGGGGCUGGGAGCUGGGCCUGGAGGGCCAGGUGGGCAUCACCAGUAGACCAAAGCCCUUCAAAAUCUGUGCCUUGCCUCGAUGAGACACCUUGGGUGAAUCUCUAUUGUAUUUUGUUGAUUCCUUGUGUUCUCUCUCCUUGCCUCCUUCUCAAAAUACAUUGGAGGAAUGUGCCUUGAGAAGGAGAUGAGGAGGGAGGAUGUGAGGAAUCAAGAAAAUACGAUUGAUAUGAAUUUGUGUAGGACUAGGCCCUGCAUGAACUGGUUGAUGAAGAUAAAUAGCAUUGUUUGUCAAGCCUGUCUAAAAUAUUUUGUACUCUAACUGAGGAAAUAUUUGGUAGAGGUGGAGAGAAUUCCAGCAUCCAGCUCGUGCAUCAUGAUGUUUAUAUUGUAAGAGUGGUGUAUUAGAAUUGCAUUCAAAUUCUUUCUUCAUUUUGUUUACUGGAAAUUAUAUUUCUGGAAGUCAUUGUAUACAAAAUGUGUUUACUUUACUUAUUUACUUCCCAAAACAGGGUGUAUGAUUAUUAUGAGCUUAUUGAUGAUGAGUGAAACUUCUCAUGUAAUUAUGUUAACUGUUACUGUGGCGUGAAGAAAUCAUACCAUCUCAAUGGAUCCGUGCCCUCUCAUUAGUGCGGGGUGGCACAGAUGUCAUGGGGAACGGGUGACAGGGUGAUGCCAAAGUUGUCGUCCCAUCACGGGCUUCACUCUGGGCGCCAUGGAGAACAAGAACCUCUGUAUGAAGGUGAAGAAGAGGAAUAGCUCCAUCCAGGUCAAGCUCUCUCCCAGGCACAUUAGUUUACCUGGAGGAGAGACACGAGGGUAGAUUUAAGCAAUAAGGCUCCUCUGACGUUUGUGGUAUAUGGCCAAUAUACCACUGCUGUUACGCAUCGCGGAGUGCCUGGACACAGACCUUUGCCAUGGUAUAUUGGCCAUAUACCACAACCCUCCGAGGAGCCUUAUUGCUAUUAUAAACUGGUUACCAACAUAAUUAGAGCAGUAAAAAUACAUGUUUUGUCAUACCCGUGGUAUACGGUCUGAUAUAACAUGUCUGUCAGCCAACCAGCAUUCAUGGCUUAAUCAGUAUUAGCUAAUUACUGUACUUCAUUGUGUGAACAUAAUGCUAUAGACUGCAGUUUCUUAUGCAGUUUGUGAACUAUAUCCCUUUAUUCUUCAUGGUACACUGACAAA